AUGGCGAUCAUGGUGCUGGAAGGCGGUCGACCACGCCUUGCCUUAGACUGGCUGUUGUUAUUCUCCUUGAAUGUAAUUAGAGCCCGCUACCGGCGACACCCAUACUUGGCUGCAGCUGCCACUCCUACUCCACGCUUUAGCCGUCCAUUACGAGAACAAUCAACGAGGAACAGCGCAAUCGACUCGCGCGUGGCUUCAGGGACGUCCUUUGUGCCCUUCGUCCGGCACAUCGUGAAAUGGAAUGGCAGCCUUAAUGACGAGAGCGAGGUGGAUAGUACGAUGGAUAGCGAGGAGGAUAAUGAAGAGGAUAGCGAUGACGAGAGCGAGGAAGGCAGUGCAGAGGGUAGUGAAGAGGAAAAUGCACAGGAGAGUGUAGAGGAGACUGAGGAAUACAUGGGAGGCCAAAUCUAG